AUGGUCACGAAGUUCCUCAGAGUACUGACCAGCGGAGUCUUCUACCUACACUCCCGUCACUUACCACGACCAGUCCUCCUACUUACACUCCCGUCACUUACCACGACCAGUCCUCCUACUUACACUCCAGCCACCUACCACGACCAGUCCUCCUACUUACACUCCAGCCACCUACCACGACCAGUCCUCCUACUUACACUCCCGCCACCUACCACGACCAGUCCUCCUACUUACACUCCCGUCAACUACCACGACCAGUCCUCCUACUUACACUCCAGCCACCUACCACGACCAGUCCUCUUACUUACACUCCCGCCCCCUACCACGACCAGUCCUCCUACUUACACUCCCGUCACUUACCACGACCAGUCCUCCUACUUACACUCCAGCCACCUACCACGACCAGUCCUCCUACUUACACUCCAGCCACCUACAACGACCAGUCCUCCUACUUACACUCCCACCACCUACCACGACCAGUCCUCCUACUUACACUCCCGUCACUUACCACGACCAGUCCUCCUACUUACACUCCAGCCACCUACCACGACCAGUCCUCCUACUUACACUCCAGCUACCUACAACGACCAGUCCGCCUACUUACACUCCCGUCAACUACCACGACCAGUCCUCCUACUUACACUCCCACCACCUACCACGACCAGUCCUCCUACUUACACUCCAGCCACCUAUCACGACCAGUCUUCCUACUUACACUCCCGUCAACUACCACGACCAGUCCUCCUACUUACACUCCCACCACCUACCACGACCAGUCCUCCUACUUACACUCCCGCCACCUACCACGACCAGUCCUCCUACUUACACUCCCGCCACUGA